AUGGAUUUCGCCGCGCUCAUGUCUAAGGAGAUCUCGAAGGCCAAAGGCACCGACUCGGCCAAGUCUUCCGGAACCCAGAAAGAGAAAACCACCGUGGUAGCGCCCCAAAAGAAAUACAUGCGCCGAGGGGAGGUCGAGGCUGCGCGUUUAGCGGCAUACGAGGAAGAGCAAGAACUUCUUCAAAAGGAACGCGAAGAGAAGCAAGCCAAGAAGCGCAAAUUUGAGGAGGAAGAGGCAACCCGACAACGUGAACGAGAUGAGAAGAGGGCUAGACUCGCCGAGGAGUCGAGAAAGAGAAGAGAGGAAGAAGAAGAGACCAAGGAGCGUGAACGGCGACGAAGACUCGGACUACCAGACUUGCCCACCAAAAGCGAGGGCGACGAUAACCCUGGCGAUGGAGAGGAGGCCGUGGAUAUGGAGGAGGAUGAACUUAUUGAAAAGCUUCGGGAUCUCAACGAGCCUGCGCGAUUGUUUGGAGAAAACCACCGCUCGCGACUCCGGCGUUACCACCGAAUCAUCAAGCGCGCUGCUACGCUGCAGAAAUUGACUGACGGGCCGAUUCCGACAACCCUGGAGCCUGUUCCAGGUAGCCAAAUGCUUAUUCCCGCCAAGAUUCCGAAGGGAGACGCCGAACGGCUCUUCCUCUUCCGACAAUUGGCGUCCUAUUUCAACAUGAUGCUUUCGGAGUGGGAGUUGGCUUUGGCAAAGCGCGAUGUGUCUGUUCGUGAAAGCCACCAGGGGAAACAAGCGUAUAAUGCCAUGGUUCAGUCUCGAGAAAACAUGAAUCCGCUAUUCCGACGCUUUGAGAAAGGAGAUUUGGAGGACGGACUGCUAGAGCCAAUUGUGGAGAUCGUGCAUAAGGUACAACAGCGGAAAUACGUUGAUGCCAAUGAUGCUUAUCUUCGCGUGAGCAUUGGAAAAGCUGCAUGGCCUAUUGGUGUGACCAUGGUUGGUAUUCACGAGCGAUCGGCUCGAGAAAAGCUACACCAGAGUGAUCAACAGGCACACAUUCUCAGUGAUGAGAUUACUCGAAAGUACCUACAGAGUAUCAAGCGCUUCUUGAGCUUCGCACAAGUGCGCUGGCCUCCGGAGGAUCAGCUCCAGAUCAUGGGAUAA